GGUACUCGAGGACGGCCGCGAGGUAGACGGGAGCGCCCGCUCCGACGCGCUCGGCGUAGUUUCCCUUGCGCAGGAGACGGUGGAUACGGCCCACGGGGAACUGGAGACCCGCGCGGCUGGAACGCGUCUUGCUCUUGCCCUUCGCCUUGCCGCCUUUGCCGCGUCCGGACAUGCUGGUGCUGCUGAUGCGUAGGCUGAGACAGAGAAAAGCACGACUUACGCAGUCGCGAUCUGUGAGCGAUUUGAGCCGUGCUCGUAGUGCCUUCGCCGCUGUCGCCGCCGCCGGUCCCAAAGGAAAGCGCGAGCGAGCACGAGGGAAAGGGAGAGAAGCCGCGCGGACCAAUGGCACGCGCGGAUAUGCGAGGUCGCUUGAACACCACCCUCCCGCGAUAAAAACGCGGCGCGCGCGACCGGUCGCGCGUAUUCCGAUCUCGUUUGCUCGGCUACUGACAACGUUGCGAUGCCUCCCCAGCCCAGCGGUAAGGCCGUGAAGAAGGCCGGCAAGGCGCAGAAGAACGUGCGCGCCACCGACAAGAAGAAGAAGAAGCGCCGCAGGAAGGAGAGCUUCUCCAUCUAUAUCUACAAGGUGCUGAAGCAGGUGCACCCGGACACUGGAGUCUCCAGCAAGGCCAUGUCUAUCAUGAACAGCUUCGUGAACGACAUCUUCGAGCGCAUCGCCGCGGAGUCGUCCCGUCUGGCUCACUACAACAAGCGCUCGACCAUCACGAGCCGGGAGAUCCAGACUGCCGUGCGUCUGCUGUUGCCCGGCGAGCUGGCCAAACACGCCGUGUCCGAGGGCACCAAAGCCGUCACCAAGUACACCAGCUCCAAGUAGGCGACCGAGCGCUCGUCCGCCCAGCCCACACCCAACGGCUCUUCUCAGAGCCACCCAAAGUGUCUGCAUUGGCAUUGGGAUGUAGUGAGAAUCUCGACAAUUCCGUCCGUUCCCUCUG